AUGCGAUGCGCGAGCAAGGCCGCCGAGAGCGCGUCUGCACGUCUCUGUGCGGACGCCGAAGCAGAAACCACAGCAACUGAUGUCUCAUCGGUUGCUGGAGCGACUCAGCCUGUGUCACUUGGUGAUGCAGGCGCUGGUCAUGAAGACACUCAUGUCUUCACAGAGUAUGAGCUCGGUAUCUCGUACUCUCCUGAUACGGAAGACGGAUCCGUAUCGACGGCGAUCGAAUCCAAGCCACCUGCCAAGCGUGGCAUGGACGAUGCUAUGCAUCGUAGCAUCUUUGGUUCAUCUGAUGAAUCAGAUGAACCAUCGCCGAAGCGAAGGCGCUCGAGGUCGCGAGACUCGGGCGCUAACAGUGGUGUCGAUUCUCCUACUGACACCACUUCGCAGCGAGGUGCCAGUACUUCUGUCGGCACGUCGCAGGAAGAGCAGGACCGCAAUGUGUUGCGUCUCGCUCCCGAAAAGAAGGCAUGGAUUCCUCCAAAAUCCGUCAUGGAUCACUUGUCGGCGACGACGAGUGAUCGUUAUCGAACACGGUUGUUCGAUUCGUCAAGGAUCCAUCACCUUGACCCCAGUGCGAAAAACUAUCGCACUGAGAAUAAAUUCUUCAUCGAUGCUUUCUUUAAGCAUUGA